GCUGGAGGAGGGAGGGGAGGUGUACUCUGCUCUCGCUGCUCUCUGACCCCAGUGGCAGCACCGUCUCACUGCACUCCUGCUCCCCCCUAUGUCAGAUCGAGGCUGCUCUCUCUCUCUCUCUCUCUCUCCCCCGCUUUGCUCCCUCACCGACUCUCUCUCUCGCUCCCCCUCUCUCUCUCUCUCUCUCUCUCUCUCUCUCUCUCUCUCUCUCUCUCUCUCUCUCUCUCUCUCUCUCACUCGGUGUGUGUCUCUCUCUUUUCCACAUGAACCAGCCGAGGUCCCCUCGGGUCGAAGGUUUUGCCCUACCCGCCCAGACUGCAACCCCCGGCGGCCGCUAGGAAAAAAAACCCUCCGUUCUGCCGUAUGGAUCUUCGUCUUUUGACAGCUUAGAGGGCGACCCCGACACACUUAUCGGCCACAACGAAGUAGGAAUCCUGUGUUCUGGUUCCAGGUCCAGAUUGCUGUCCACUGUGUAUUGUUUACUGUGGUCCGGUGGGUCAUUGCUGUGGGACUUUCUGGUUCUGCGCAGCGGCUCUGAAGGAUGACCGCUGCACGGCGCAGUACUGAAUCCUGGUGAUCGGUGUCUGAUGUCCAAACGGCGGAAGUAUGGCUCAUGGCAAAGUGACCAUCGCAGUGGACGAGUACAGCUCCAAUCCCACACAGGCCUUCACACACUACAACAUCAACCAGAGCCGCUUCCAACCUCCACAUGUCCACAUGGUGGACCCUAUUCCCUAUGACACUCCUAAGCCAGCUGGACACACCAGGUUUGUGUGUGUGUCUGACACACACUCGCGCACAGAUGGGAUUCAGAUGCCCUAUGGAGAUGUGCUCCUGCACAUGGGAGACUUCACCGAGCUGGGCCUGCCUUCAGAGGUUAAGAAGUUCAAUGACUGGCUAGGUGGCCUCCCAUACGAAUUUAAGGUGGUGAUUGCCGGGAACCAUGAGCUGACCUUCGAUAAGGACUUUAUGGCCGAGCUGGUGAAGCAGGAUUACUACCGUUUUCCCUCGGUGUCCAAACUCAAACCGGAGGACUUUGACAAUGUCCAGUCGCUCCUCACAAACUGUGUGUACCUCCAGGACUCUGAUGUCACCGUCAAGGGAUUCCGGAUAUACGGAACGCCAUGGACUCCAUGGUUUAACGGCUGGGGGUUUAACCUGCCCCGGGGCCAGUCUCUCCUGGAUAAAUGGAACCAGGUCCCUGAGGGCAUCGACAUUCUCAUGACCCAUGGCCCGCCCCUCGGUUUCCGAGACUGGGUUCCGAAGGAGCUGCAGAGGGUAGGCUGUGUUGAACUCCUCAACACGGUCCAGAAGAGGGUUCGACCCAAACUCCAUGCCUUUGGAGGAAUACAUGAAGGCUACGGGAUCAUGACGGACGGUUACACAACAUUUAUCAACGCGUCCACGUGCACGGUCAGCUUCCAGCCCACCAACCCCCCCAUCGUGUUCGACCUCCCCAAUCCCUCCAGCUGCUGAGACUGAUUCCCACGCUAGCUGGUGGAGGAGGUGCUUUUUGCUGGAAGCUGGAGGGUAGGAGGGUUGGGGGAAGGUUGGAGGUGACCAGAAUAGACUACAGUUUUUUUUUGUUUGUUUGUUUUUUGUUUUUGUUUUUCUAUAUGUAUGUCAAAAAAAAUCUAAGUGUUUCUUUGAAAAAUCCGUUGUUGAGAGAUCUCAUAUGGGCUCGGAGAAAGGAGUUGAGAAGGAGUUGAAAGAGUUGAAGAGGUAUACGUGGGAUUACGAUUACAAUCUCUAUUGAUAAAUAUUGGUCCGACCUGUAAAAUAAACGAUGCAUUGUGAAUUUGUACAAUUUCCUCUCUUUUUGUGGGCUGGACAUUUGAUGCCAUUGUUUGUUGUUUUGUGUUUUUUUUUUCUUUUUUUUUUCUCUCUCUCAUUGGCUGACAGGGACGCUGCCUUAAACUAGCUUUAAUGUUUUCAGCUAGAGCCCCACUCUCUGCUAGCUCAGAGAAAAGACCUUAUUUAUUACCCAUAAUCCCAGCAAAACAACACCUCACAGAGUAGUGAAAGAAAGCUAUCAAAUUGUAAUCCUAAAAAUAACUCCGUAUGGUUUUCUGAUUUCAAAAAAGAAUUGGAAAUUGUAUGUAAAAUUAUAUAUAUUAUAUAUUCAUGUUGUAAAACAUCUGUACUAAAAGUUGUGUUGGAUAAAAAAAAAAGAUCCUGGUGCAAAUUUUUGUGAAUGCACCGGCAUGACUGACAUGUUCCUUUUCCACUCAUGUUCGUCAGACAUCUUAUUAAAGGUUUGCUUUCGACUCCUCGCCCCUCUUAAUGUAGGCGUUCAUUUUGGAUGAGAGAGGAAGUUUUUCCAUAGAGGCUCAUUUCACAAUCCAACAGGUGGUGGUUGUCCCCGUGUCUGACAACACACCUGCCUAAACAUGGUUAAAUUGUCCUUAAAAGUGUACAUUUGAUAGCUAUUUGUGUUUUGCUUUUUUUCUAAUUUUGCACUGUGUGUAAAUGCAAUCUUGCUAGCACAAAAAAAAUGUUGCCAAUAGUUGUCUCAACUUGCCGCUGUAAAUGCUCUUUUGUGCUGUUCCUCUCUCUCUCGCUCUCUCUCUCGCUCUCUCUCGCUCUCUCUCUCUGAUUGUAUCCCUUCUCAUGAAAAUGUUAGUUCUUUCGGUUCAUUGUGAUAUAUUUAG